AUGAAGACAUCUUCAGCAAACAACCACAACAACCACAGCAGCAGCAGUGGCAGCAGCAGCAACAACAACAACACAAUAGCAAGGUGUGCAGCCUGUAGAAAACUUAUAAAGGAGAGAUUCUUGUUGAAAGCACUGGACCAAGUGUGGCAUGAGGACUGCCUCAAAUGUUCCUGCUGCGAUUGCAGGUUGGGUGAAGUUGGAUCAACUUUGUUCACUAAGGCCAACCUCUUGCUAUGCAGGAGAGAUUAUUUAAGAUUGUUUGGAACAACAGGAUACUGUUCAGCGUGCUCGAAGAUGAUUCCAGCCUUCGAGAUGGUGAUGAGAGCCAAGCACAAUGUGUACCAUCUGGAAUGCUUUGCUUGCCAGCAAUGCAAUCAUCGAUUUUGCGUGGGCGAUCGCUACUUCCUGUGCAACAAUCGCAUCCUCUGCGAAUAUGAUUACGAGGAGAGGCUGCUGCUUGCC